AUGACAAUGAAUGAAACAAACGGCACAUCCGUUGAGGAGACGAUCCGUAAAAGUCGUCAAAUGAUUGACUCAUUAAAUGGUUUGAGUUUCGCGGACAACAAGUCGGCCGAAGAGGAGUUUGACGACCACUUCCUCUCACCCGAAGUCAAUGUAUUUGUAAUUCUUGUCCACAGUUUCGGCGAAACCAAAGAAAACAGUUUUAAACGAAACAAAUUGUUGUCUUUAAUGACACGUUAUGUCUAUUGUGACCAAACUUUGCGGACACUCCUCACGAGCACGUGUCGCAUGUCUUCGCACGAGUGGCUCGUGAUUGGGCCCAAAGUGGAGACCAUUUUAGUGACGAUACCGGAGAUCGUGUCCAACCAUAUGAAGACCAAUGUUUGCCACAAAUUUGACCGAAACUUGUAUUUCAAACGAAUUGUUCAAACAAUUUGGUUGUGUUUUGAAGACGUGUUUGAAAUGAUUGCCAAAUCUAUUGACUCUUCGGUGCAGUUGUUGUCAUCACUUUUGGGACGAAUCUCUUUAAUCGGUUUCUCAAACCUCGUGUUCAAUGAAGUGGUGAUCAAAAUGAUAGCCAAAUGCGAGAAAGACUUCAUUUGGCGGCGAAUCGCUUAUAAAGCGUUUGUUUCGCAACAAAAGCCACAAUAUAUUGAAUUUAAAAGCGAUCAGAUUUUGAUUAAUAUCUUCGGCUAUCUUUCCAACAAUUGUCUGCAUUUAUUCUUCGAGUCCUUUGAAAACGUGUUGAAUUCAUGGAGUAAUUCGAGUGCUAUUAAGUAUAGGAGUUAUUCACAGCACUUAUACCUCUCCAGAGCUCUUAUGAUUGGCUCGCGGUUUAUGAAAGACACGGAUUUCAGUGAAGUGGUCGACAAGUUUAGGAGACUUACGAUGAAUGGCAUUGAACUUCAUCUGAAGAACAGUCAAACAGACUUUAGAAAUAUUGGUCUCACUGUUGGCCAAUCAUUGAUGUCUUUGUUUUACACCGAAAACAAUGAAAUCCAUUUUGAAAUUGAAGAAAACGACGAAAUCAAACAUUUAAACGAUUUGUUUCUAAACAAUUGCAACGAAAAAGAUUUGGCAAAUAUUGGACACAAACUCUCGACACUGAAGACAAGUGACGACAGCGAAGAGAUUGUGCCUAAAGUGUCGGUCGAGAGAGAAGAUAAAAACCUGGACAGCGAUGACGACGACGACAGUGAUCUCAUUCCGUACGACAUGUCAACUGAGAGCCUGAGUUCGGUCGCCAAACGUCCCGUUUAUUUACGGGAUUGUAUGGAAGGACUGAUAGAUCACGAAAAGGUCGAGUGGUUUACCGCUUGCCUUCAAAAUGCCGAACAAAUCAUUAGAAAUAAUAGCGAUUCUGUGGACGGAAUAUGUGUUGAAUUCACACUAUUAUUGUUCCGAUUGGACGACACGUGUGCUGUCGACGACUUCAUUGGUCUUCGACUGCGAGCGAUGAUAGCAUUGUGUGUUUGUUCACCGAAACCGGUGUCUAAUUUUCUAUGCGAACAGUUUUAUGCAUCAAAUUAUACGAUACGACAAAGACUUGAUGUGUUGGAAGUAUUAUUGGCUUCAAGUACUGAACUCUCGUCUAAUGUUAAGCCAAAUGUAGACAAAAUGAAUCCAAAAGCGAACCUUUUGGCCACUCAUGAGGAGAAGAUUGCGGACAAUCAUUGGACACAAAUCGUGAAGAAUCGGAUCGAAUCAAAGACUCGAGUUUUGGCGCAUAAGACCAAAACACUGGACGAGAAGGCAUUUGUCAAUCGUUUCAUUCCAUUCGCCGGACAUUUCUUUUUCCCGUUAAUGAAGAAUAUAUUCGGAAACGAAAUCAAAGUUCAUUUUCAAGAGGAUGACGACUAUGUGUUGGGAAGACUUCUCUAUACAUUGGGUCUAAUCCUUAAGAACGCGUCGUUUGCGCCCAUCUCUAAGCAAAUGGGAAAAGAGCUCUUGGAAUUCAUUAUAGCCUUUCGAUACCACUCUUCAGUGUAUGUGAGGGAAGCGGUUAUAUUUGCGUUUUGUAUGGUUUUGAUGAGUGUUCCGCCUAUUUAUCUCAUUAACGAGAUGUCUCUACAAAUGGUUGAAUUGCAGCUUUGGCUCAAUGACGUAACGCAAAGGGAAGCCAACAGUCAAUGCGUGCAAAAGGCUUUGACUGCACUUAAACUCCUCAAAGAAGUGGUUAACGAAAUGCCUUUCAAUUCAUUAUUUGAGAUGACUAUUGGAUUCAAAUACCGAUCAGUGCAUUCAAUGUGGACGCGAAGAGUUGCCGACCGACACACUGCGGGUGACGGCAGUCCUCCGGAACUGAUCCAUUUGUGCCGCCAGAUUAGGUGGAGGUGA